GGCUCAUUCCGAUGCUAGCCGUAGGAAAGUACAGUCGACUCGCGCCGUAACGCCCGACGAGAGUGGCGCAACUCCAAUCCUCAUACAUCUUGGAGAUCCAAAACAAUCCGAUAAUUUUUACAGGAUUACGCAUUUCUACAAAUAAUCAAUAGUGGAAACAAAUUUCGAAAACGGCACCGUCGUGCCAAAGCGAAGUGUUGUUUAGUGUGAUCAGUUAAAAUAAACACUGAUUGGAAGGUGAAACCACAAACCCCCUCGCACCAAGGAGGUCUCCGUGCCUAACGAAUCUUGGAAAAUAGAAUGUUUUUCGGAAUCCAGCUGGCCAAGAUGGAAUUAGUUUCAAAGAUGUUUCUGUCAGCUCUCUUGCUAACAACAGUAGUCAUCAGCAGCGGCCAACUGAUUUCCGGACCUCGGUACAGUUUAGACAACAUGCCAAAAACCAGUUUUUCCUGUAGAGAUAAAAUACUAGGUGGAUACUAUGCUGACUCAGAAACCCAGUGUCAAAUGUUCCACGUGUGUGUCAAAGUAGCUGGCGUUGGUGUGCAAGACUUCAGAUUUCUUUGCCCCAACGGCACGGCUUUCGAUCAGGAAGCUCAAAUAUGUGCCGAUUGGGGCGAUGUCGACUGUGAAGCCGCCACGCUCUAUUAUGGCAGCAAUAACUUCGAUCUGUACCGGAUUGGGUCCGGCUUUGAAAGCAAGCGAGCCCCGUACGCUGAGGAGGAAGAAGCUACCUUCCAUCUGCAGAGGGCAGAAACAAGCGACGCUAGACGUAGUAAGCAGUAUAUAGUGAAUCAAAGCUCAAAACCCCAAGGACCUCCUGUACACAAUCCAAAUCAAUUCCAGUCGGUACAAAAGCCACAAUACCGGCCACCACCGACCCAAACUACUACGACCACCACUAGUACAACGCCCCAGCCGUCUACGACAUCGUCUUCCAGUGCAAAUGAAAAUUAUUACAACAACCAAUAUCAGAAACAAAUUCAACAGAAACAUCUUCAGCACAAACAGCAACAGCUUAUCUACAAUCAACAGCAGCAAAUCCAACAGCAGCAGUAUCGACAGCUAACUGCAGCUGCUGCCACCGCCACCCCGGCCGAACGACGUCAACAUGAUGAAGUUCGUUCUACCACGCCGACUAACUUUGCAAACAAUCAAAAACCGCAACAGCAGCGCAACGACCAUAAUAAUGAUGAAAUCUUACGUGGAUCGCACAGCUCAAAUUUCUUCAACAACCGAAACAACGGAAAGGAAGAUUUAGAAGAUGAUUUCCAACGAAAAUCUACCAGCAGUAGUGCAAUCCAAAAGGCACCCGUUCGACCGUUGCAAUCCGCUGUAAACUCUACCAGAACCCAGCAAAGAGGACGGAACCGGGGCAGAGGAACGGUUCGGGCCCACAAUUUAAACGUUGUGCGAAAUGAAAUCAAACCUACACCCCCGCGACAGACUCAUUUACAAUCAACCACUCCGGAGGAUUUUGUAGAUGUGGCAAAAAUACCAAAUUUCAAUAGAAACAACAAUAAUUUCCGACAACAACCUACGACAGUUUUGCAACCACACAAUAGCAAUCAAAUCAAUUUUGAACAAUCUUCACCGUCAACACCAGCCCCAUUCUCACGAGGAGCUCGGCCAGUUCAAAACUUUGGCACCAAUCACAGUAGCAAUGCCUUUUUCAACAAACAACAAACCAACACCACGCCAAAACAAACCCCAGUGCAACACUUUCAGCAAUAUCAAACAACCCCCGCAGCACCACAUGGCCAGCAAUACCAAACACCUAUCAGUCCAUCAAAUCGUGCGAAUGAACAGUUCAAAUACAAUAACAAUCAACAGCAUGCAUCUCAGCCAAAUCCACCUACAACCACACAUGCUCCGAAUAUAAACUUCCAAUUUUUCAAUCGUAUCCAACCCACCGACUUCCGUCCUUCAUCUAGUUCUACUACUAGUACCGUUUCACCACCAUCACCACAGAAUGUCAACAGAGUAACACAAGCACCGCAACUCUAUAACACCGGAUUUGAACACAAAGCUACGGAACGAGCUGUCGUCGAAUCAACCGUAGCCAAUCAGGACCUCCAGCGCGCCCGUGCUCAGUCACGUGUGUACAACGUGGACCCAGGUCGCCUUAGUCAAUUUAACUACAAUGAAUAUCAGGGAAGUCGGGCUAGUGUCACGACGAGUACAACGGCGGCUACGACAACAAUUGCUACGGAAAAUGUUACCCCUUCCACAUACAACCCCGUCAAUUACCGACCCCAACAGAAGCCUCAACAAAUUCGAAAUCAUCCACAGUCAUUCAAUCAGAAUCCUUUUGACCCACGGACAACGACCACUGCAUCGGUUACAACAUCCACAACAACGUUGCGUCCAGUCACCAACGAGCGGUACCAGAUAAUUUCGCGUAGCGCAAGCGAUGGCCACACUCCCUCCACAAUCAAAAAAUUCUCCACACUGGUACCAAAGGAUCAGUAUAAUCCAACAACGUUCAAACCGAAUGCGUUCAGCAAAAAAGCUCUGCUUCAAUUCAUUGUUCAGAAACCGGAAAAGGUGCAGGAAAAACCAAUCGCUGCUCCCGUAAAAAGCACACUGUACAUCCCUACAGUUCCUCCAUUAUCGACAACGACAACUACAACCACAGCUGCUCCGGCUUCUCGAAGGCAGUCCACGUCUUUCUUCCAGCAACCGCAAAAACCAAUACAACCAAUAAUCUCAACCACGACUCAGCGAUCGGAAGAUAUCAACGAGGACGAUGGCCAGUAUCACCCAGAACUGUAUGAAAAAGACUUCUAUCGAAACCGUGUUAAGGCCAAGUUCAACCAGGAACGUAAACAAAACCAAGACCCCUUGUCUGCUACCCGGAAACAGUCAUUCCAGCAGUCGCCAGUCGUAUCACAGUCGCUGUCCGCUGCCAGUGAUGAAGAUGAAAUAUUCCGAACGGCUCACUCGCAAAAUAUCGCCGCAAGCGGAAACGAUCUGAUCCUUGAGCGAGCAAGACAAGCUGCUGUCAAAAUUAAUGAAUUCCUUUCGUCAUCUUCGGUCAAACCAACGGUAGCUGCACCCACCAAAAGAUCUUCUCAGUCCUCAGCGGACAACCAACAAGUAAAUCCAAAGCCUUUCUCGAAAGCCCCAACGAUCUCUCCGCAUGCAACAAGCACAAAAAGACCAUCGGACGAUAAAGACGAAUAUGACUAUGCCUAUUAUGACACCGGCAGUCCAGACGUUCCGGAGUAUGACGUCAUCGAGGAAUUUGGAAGGACCAGUAAGAAAAAUUCGAACAGAGCAAGUGAAAAGCGGCAACGCAACUGAGUGUGGUGACAAACUAGAGGAGCACUCUAAGAAGCUGUAUAGAUUCUAACUUAAUUAAAGUAGUUAUUCACAGCGCAAUUUUCGGUGCGCUUCGGAAAAAAGCUUGGAGUGUGGAAUGCAAUUUCCAAUUGCAAACAACAAAACUGCCAUUAUUGUGAUUAUCAGUGUUUCUAUACCGAUAACUGUUUUUAUCAAAAAAAAACCUGAUUCAUUUUUUCGGUGAGCACACCGAGAAUCAAAUCAUUGCACAGGGCGACGAGAGGACGACUAGAACUGUUACCAACAAAGCCAGUAUUCUUUCAAGAUUGAUCAGAUACUAUCAUCUUUUAACACUUCCAAUUACAAAUUACUGUCAUCAAUCAUGAUCAACUGCAGGUCAAAUUAUUAUUUUAGGGAGAAAUAUUUGUUCUUAGCGCAACAUCCGUAUGUAAAAUUCUAUCUAUUUCUCUUAUUUAACUGCUCUUAUUCCUACCGGCUUUCAUCACUUUAAGUUAAAAGAAGCGAUUGUAAAUAUAUUUCCUUCGAAAAUAAAUUGUACGAUAUAAAGUGAAUAAAA